AUGGGCAACAAUCCUUCCAAAGGCCCCUCCGGCGAUGGACCGGACGGCCACUUCCACCAUGGGGCAGCGGAGCGCAAGGUAGCGCGUCGUACCUCUUUGAACGCGAUAAGACACCAGAAAGCGACCGCAGCCGAUCCGUCAGCGACAAGAGAGACUGCGGCAGGACACUCAGCAAAUUACCAAGGCUCCCCGUCGCAUCGUCGGCAUUCACGCAAUCCUCCCCAAUCGCCUAGCAGAAGCACGAGCAAGCCUUCGAGACAAGAUGGGAAACGACAAGAGGAUGCGCCAAGCAAGGGUGCGAUUCCUGCGGAUUAUUCGAAUCCGAUGCAGGUGCCCAGCGCACGCCAGGUUGCAGGUCGUGAUCCUGUGGCGCCAUCGGGCCCGCCGCCGAGCUCGUACUAUAGCGCAUCACAACACUUGCAACGACCGCCGCGCAUGCCUUUGCCCAUCGGAGAUGCGACGACCACGCCUGGUUCUCCGAUCAGUGGGCCCGAGGAUUCGCAUAUCCAAUCCAUGCCGGCUGAUCAGCUACUGAAGGAGCAGAUGGAGCAGGGAGUGUCCAAUCUGAGCAGCGCAACGUUGGAUGGGGAAGAGAUUGUCGAUGAGCUUCAGACAUACGCUUCCAGUGGCGUGGGAAAAGCCGUACCGGCCUACAUUGAGUGGUCGGGUCCCGGACAGAAAGUUUAUGUGACAGGUACCUUUGUGAAUUGGGAGAAGAAGUUCAAGCUACACAGAGGGGAGGGCGAAGGUGCCACCAUGUCGACGACACUCAAUCUCCGACCUGGUACACAUCACCUGAAGUUCAUUGUCGACGGAGAGAUGCGAGCUUCCGACACCCUGCCUACCGCUGUCGAUUUCACAAAUCAUCUCGUCAAUUACAUUGAGAUCAGCGCCGACGACAGAUUCGAUAGUAUUACGCCAGGAAUCCAAGCGUCCCAGACCGUCUCAGACAAUGUAAAGGAUGGGAAUAAUGACGAAUCGACUGAUGAGCCGCAAAACAAGGAGAUCGAGGAGGAGGUUCCGCCCGGAAACUUUGGUAGAGCCAUCCCUCAAUUCCUCGCCGAUCUCGAUAAGGACGAGGAAAGUACUGCCUACAUUCAGGCGGCGAAUGUUAUCAGCGAUACUCCCACACCGCCAAGCCUGCCAUUGUUUUUGGGCAAGUCCAUCCUCAACAGCAAUACGCCCACCAAAGAUGACAGCAGUGUGCUCAACUAUCCCAACCACACUGUGUUGAAUCAUUUGGCAACAAGCAGCAUCAAGAACGGAGUGUUAGCAACGAGCGUGACGACUCGAUACAAGCGCAAGUAUGUCACAUCAAUUCUCUAUAAACCGACGGGAGAUAUCACAGGUUAA